GGGGUCCAUUUUUGUUUUGGCUCCACAUUGACCAAACAAGGCACAUUUCUUGUUUCCGUUUUGCUAAUCUUAGUCUCUUGAAAACAAUGGCUCGCUAUAUGCGCCCACCUAACUCGUCCUUAUUCGUUAGAAACAUCUCCGAUGAGUCCAGAAAAUGUAAAAGCAUCCCCUUGUGGAAGCGGCCACACAAAGAGUAACAAAGACCGGGUGUAGCGUAGCUGUAAAGACAAGGCACAGACCAAAGGGAGGGAAAAUGUUGGGAGGAAGUAAAGCACGAAGAGGAAAAAGGUGUCGGAGGCAAAGCUCGGCAGUGGCCCAGAGCGGGCUAAAGAAAAGAGUCGUAAAGAGUCAAGCGGGAGACCCGACGCAAGUCGAAUCGAUUAAAGAGUGUAAAGAUCAAGACAAAGUCAAGCACAGCAUGUUUGAGGACGUGCGUGAUGCUGAGGACGCUCUCCAUAGCCUGGACAGGAAAUGGGUAUGCGGCCGCCAGAUCGAGAUCCAGUUUGCGCAGGGUGACCGAAAGACACCCAAUCAGAUGAAGACCAAGGAGCGGCACUCCCCGUCUCGCUCGUCCCGCUACGACGACUACGACCGCGACGGCCGGCGCAGACGCUCACGCAGCCGCAGCUACGACCGGCGCCGCUCGCGCAGCCCUUCCUACGAGCGCCGACGUAGGCGCUCGGAGAGCCCCCGAGAAUCUCGCGGGCGCCAGCACGGACGAGGAGGUAGCCGAGGUCGUGAAGAGGACAGGCACCGCCAGAAGCCCCGAAAAGAGUCGAGAGGACGGUCUCCUUCCAGAUCAGCAUCGCCGACCGAGCCCGCCGCCAAACCGGCGGCCGCCUCCCACUACGCCGAGGAAGACGCGCGGCAGGAACGCUCCCCGUCGCGUUCGCCAUCCCGCUCGCAGUCCCGUUCGGUGUCCAGGUCUCGUUCACGCUCGCGUUCCUGGACGGGCCGCAAGUCAGGAGGACGCUAAGGAAAGGCCCGGAGACGCUUUGGUUUGGACUUGAAUGUGAUGGACGCGUUUGGGGAACAUUUUGCCGGUUGGUCCUUGAGUCUUGCGUUUUCCUCCACCUGGGAGAUGAUUUUGUGGCCAACGAUGUUUUUUUACAGACUCGCUUUUCCUUCCUAAGUCCUACGCUUCCGUUUGAUUUUUUUUCAAAAGAGCGUCCAGUAUUUUUCAAAUCCACUCCACCCUGUCAACUGUUUUAAAAAAGCAGCAAGUUUGUUGAAUGUUUUUUUUUUUUUUCCUGCUGAGUUUCUUUUCAGAAAUAAACGGUCACUUCAAGGAAACAACA